GGUCUGUUUGACACAACUUUGUCGGCGGUCAUGGACUUCUUAAUAAUAUUAUGUGUGAUAGCCUUAAGCAACUCAGGAAGUUUAUCAGAUAUUUAUGGGGUUGACGGUGCGGAUGCGCCCGCGCCUCUGAGAUGCACCAUUGGCUUUCACCCAUGUAAGGACGGGAGUGAGUGUAUCGUCUAUCGAAAUCUCUGUGACGGAGAAGAGGAUUGUAAGGAUGGAUCUGACGAGGAUGACUGCUCAGUGGGAUGCGAAACAGAGCAGUUUCCGUGUGCUCAUGGGAAGAAGUGCAUUGACAAGACGGAGGUGUGUGACGGAGUCGCACAGUGUCAGGACCGCUCGGACGAGAUGGACUGCUGGGAGCCCUCCCAAAGCUGCGCGCUGCGCUGCGACAACAGAACGCGCUGCGUCCCAGAUUCCUUCCGCUGCGAUGGUGAAAACGACUGCCUGGAUGGCACCGAUGAGGCAGGUUGUGCGGAGGAGGUCUGCAUCAGGGGGGAGUUUCGCUGCAGCAGCGGUAGGUGCGUGUCUGAGAGUCUGCGGUGCGACGGGUACCCCGACUGCCCAGAUCGCUCGGACGAGAGCGGCUGUGCGGAAGCCUCAGAAUGCCCCACCGAGCACCGCUGCCCGCACAGCCAGGAGUGCCUCCUGGAGGAGUGGUACUGCGACGGGGACAACGACUGCGAGGACACCUCUGACGAGAAGAACUGUAAAGUGGCCCAAAGAACAUGCGGAGAGUUCCAGUGGUCUUGUGCGUCGAAGAAGGAGUGUGUCCCAAUUUCCUGGAGGUGUGACGGAGUGAAAGACUGCAAGGAUGCCAGCGAUGAGAGGGAAUGUGAGGGUGUGGACUGCCCCUCUCAUCAGUUCCAGUGCGGGACUGGAGAAUGCCUGGACCGUGACGUGGUGUGUGACGGGACACCCACCUGUCCUGACGGCUCAGAUGAGGGGGGGCUGUGUGCCCCCGGCAGUUGCUCCGGCCCCGAUGGAUCUCGUUGCACCCAAGACUGCUACAGCACACCCCAAGGCAUGAAAUGUGCCUGCUUGGUGGGAUUUAGGCUCCAACAGGAUGGCGUGUCCUGUGUUGACAUUAAUGAAUGCGACGAAAUCAUUCCGCAAGUUUGCAGCCACACCUGUCACAACACUCAGGGGUCCUACAAGUGCAGCUGUCACCCAGGUUACCUGCUUGAACCUGAUGCCCACAGUUGCAAGAUCACAGGAGAGCCACUCCUGCUGACUGCAGUGCAGCACGAUCUCAAGCUUUUCAACCUCCGACGUGCCAGCUUGGACGUCCUCUCCACUUUCAGCAAAAAAGUAGUCCUCUCCUUGGACUACGACUGGAGAGAAUGGACAGUCUUCUGGGUCAGCCGUGAUGCUGACAGCAUCAGGUGGAUUUCACUUAACCAGAAGCGCAAGGGAACCAUGAUCAAAGGCAUAAAGUUGGACUGCAUUGCUGUGGACUGGGUGGGAAGGAAUCUGUACUGGACUGAUGGUGUUGGGGGCCAGAUCCUUGCCACUGGACUCAACACCACUGCCACAGAUACGCGGGGUUACACUGUAGUUCUGGAUGAGGAUUUGGAGCAGCCACACUCUCUGGUACUACUGCCACCAAGAGGGCUGAUGUUCUGGUCUGAAAUUGGGAGUGAGCCACAGAUUGAGCGAGCAGGGAUGGACGGUUCAGACAGGAAAGUGGUGGUCAGCCAGGGCCUUAGCUGGCCGGCCAGUCUGUCUGCGGAUGCCCUGGCCGACAGGAUCUACUGGACGGAUGAGAAGCUCAAGUGUAUUGGAUCAGCUACAUUUGACGGAGGCGACAUCAAGAUCAUACAGCUGAUGGAGAUGUCCAGCCCCUUUUCGGUCAUAGUUUUCAAUGAUGAGAUUUACUGGUCUGACACAAAGAGAAGAACAGUACAGAGGGCUCGCAAGAAUACUGGCAAGGACAGGGAAGUUCUGCUCAAACAACUUGGGCAGCCUUUUGGGCUUAAGGUCAUCCACGAGCUGCUACAGCCGAACACGACUGACCCGUGCGCCGAGCUGAAGUGCUCUCACCUGUGCCUGCUGGCCCCAGGUCUGCAGGGCGUGUGCCGCUGUCCGGCCGGGCUCCUGCUGGCUGAGGACGGGAUCAGCUGCACUAGCCCUGAGGAGGACUCCUUCCUGCUAUUGCUAUCCUCCACUGCAGUCACCCAGGUCUACCUGCGGAGCAUCAGUGCUGGGGUAACCGUGAAGGGAUGGCCGGAGCACCGGACCCUGCCGCUGGGCGCUGUGAACGAGCCCACUGCGCUGGACCUGGCCCUGCAGGGCCAGACGCUGUACCUGGCCGACUCGGCCCAGGGCUCGGUGCGGCUCUACGGGCUGGAGGAGAGGCUGCAGCCCCAGGCCCCGGCGCUGCAGCUGCAGGGGGAGGCCGUGUCCGCCCUGGCUGUGGACUGGAUCACCCUCAACUUGUACUGGAGCGGUACGAAGCGGCCCGGCAUCCAGGUCCGCUCCGCCGGCGGGAAGCACGCCGCCACGCUUCUCCACAAAGAGGUGGCGGGUCCGGGAUCCAUCGCCGUGCACCCCCCCACCGGCAGGCUGUGCUUUGCAGCCAGUGCCCCGGCCAGGGUGGACUGCGCCUUCAUGGACGGCCGCAACCGCUCCUUGCUCCGGAAGAGUGCUGGGGGGCCCACCUCGCUGGCCUUCACCGAUGACGGCACCCACCUCUACUGGGCAGAUAUCGAUGCUGGAGUCAUCGCUUCAAGCCGAGUUGACGGUUCUGGAUACAAGGAGCAUCAAACCGGGGAUGGCUUGCUUCGGUCCUUUGCUUAUGGCGACAGCAAGCUCUUCUGGGCCACACUCAAUGGUUCUCUGAAAAUAAGCACAGUCAGAGUUUGGGUUGGAGAUGGACUGAAGUCCAAAACGAUGUGGUUUGAGGCGAAGACUGAUGUGGUCGCUUUGAAGGCUUACAGCAAGACCAGUCAGAAAGGCACCAAUGACUGCGCUGUGAAGAACGGGGGAUGCAGUGACCUGUGCCUGGCGUUCCCCGGCGGUCGGACCUGCCGGUGUGCUCGGGACCAUCGCGCAGUCAACGUCUCUCACUGCCAGCCCUGCGCCCCUCAGACCAAACCUUGCCAGGACGGGCAAACGUGCAUCCCCCUCGGAAAGUUCUGUGACGGUCAGCCCGACUGCUCGGACAAGUCUGACGAGGAUUGUUUCAGUGGCACAGUGAAGGCCCCUGCCGGUCCCCAGGGUGGUCCGCGCCCCACUGACUCCGUGUCCGGAUCUCCGGGUGCCGCUACCUCCUCCGCAGAGGACAAGCGUGUCCUGGUCCAGAAUCUGGACACGCAGCCUUGCGAUGACCAGCUGUGCCACCAGCACGGCGCGUGCGUGAGACAGAACGGCGCCAGCGUCUGCCGGUGCCGGGUGGGGUACAGCGGAGAGUUCUGCCAGGACACCGUCACCGCCUCGCUCCGCACCCCGCUCAUGUACGGCGCCGUCUCGCUCCUGGCCGCCAUCGUUGUGGUGGGGGUCAUACUCGCCGUGAAGAGGAGCCUGGCACGGAGGAGGGCGAGGGCUGUAGCCAAGGAUACCAGCUUGAUGGACAUGGAGAAACGGACGGAGGCAGCAUCCACCCAGAAGGGACAGAAAGAAGCCUGUGACCCUGUAGAGGAAUUUGUUGCCCCUGUCAACUGAAUUUCUGCAUCACCUAAAGUGCAUGCUUGGUAUUAAAUAAAAAAUAUUUUUGGAUAA